AUGGUGUAUAGGAAUGAAGCGGAGCUAGUUAAAGAAAUAGUGAAGGAUGUCAAGCAAAAGUUGCGCUCUAGGCAUCCAAGUGAAGAUCAUCUAAAAGGCUUGAUUGGAAUUCGUAAAAGAAUAGCAGAUGUAGAAUCAUUGUUGGACAAAUGUUCAAACAAUGGUGGUUGCCAAUUCAUUGGAAUUUGGGGCAUGGGCGGUUUGGGCAAAACAACUCUUGCAAACGCAUUGUUUAACAAAUUGCAUAGUACAUAUGAAGGGUCUUGCUUUUUGACUAAUGUAAGGGAAAAAUCAAAGAAUGAAAUACAUGCUUUGAGGGAAAAAAUUGUUUGGAGGUUAUUAGGAGAUAAAGAAUCUCACAUUGGCGAUGCAGUAGAUGGUUAUACCGAGAGUAGGCUUGGUCAGAAAAAAGUUUUCAUCGUGCUUGAUGAUGUUGAUGAUGAUGAACAAUUAGAAAAAUUAGUUGGAAGUCGUAAAUUUGGAUCAGGCAGCAAAGUCUUAGUAACAACUAGAGAUAAGCAAGUGCUUCGUAAGAAAGUGGAUGAUAUUAAUAUACAUAGGCUUCAUGGUUUGGAUCGUGAAGAAGCUGGUCAACUUUUCUCCUUGAAUGCCUUCAAAAAAGGCUCCAGUGAUCCAAAGAUGAAAGGGCUAGUAGAAAACGUGACCAAAUAUGCAGAUGGAAAUCCAUUGGCCCUAAAGGUUUUAGGCUCACUCUUGAAUGGCAUAAAUCAUAAAGCGUGGGAAAGCCAAUUGGACAAGCUUCAUAAGUUUCCUUAUCCAAAAAUUAAUAAUAUCCUCAAAUUGAGUUUUGAAGGACUUGAUAAGGAAGAAAGAAAUAUUUUCUUGCAUACUGCAUGUUUCUUUGAUUUCUUCCAUCAUUAUGAUGUCGAGGAUGUUAAAAAAAUGUUCAAUGCAUGUGGUUACUCAACAGAGAUUGCAUUGAUAAGACUUGAAGAGAAAGCUCUUUUAGAUAUUGAUGAAAGAAGAAUACAUAUGCACCAUCUAAUAAAAGAAAUGGGUAGAGAAAUUGUUCAAGACCAAUCAUUAGAGGCUCCUCAAAAGGGCAAUAUAUUAUGGAUUUCCAAGAAUAAUUCUGGAAUAUUGAAGGACAACAUGGAAAAAAAUGCCAUUGAAGGCUGGAUUCUGAACCUUUCAAAAGUUGAAGAGAUGCAUGUGAUUAUUGAAGCCUUUUAUUCAAUGCCCAAUCUAAGGUUUCUUGAGUUUUAUGGAAAUAUCAAUGGCCAUUUUGAGAACGCGUUAACAUUUCCUUGUGGUAUGAAGUUUUUGCCAAAAAAUCUCAUGCUAUUGGAUUGGGUGGGAUACCCUUUAAAGUCAUUGCCCGCAACAUUUAAUGCUGAAAGUCUUGUUAAAAUAAACAUGCCCAACAGCAAAUUGACAAAACUUUGGGAUGGAGAGCAGAAUCUAGUGAAUUUAAGAAGAAUUAAUCUGAGUAGAUCAAGAGACUUGAUUGAGCUCCCAAAUUUUUCCAAGGCAAUACAUCUUGAAGAAGUUGAUCUUGAGUGGUGCUCAAAAUUGCAGAAUGUUCAUCCAUCUAUUUUAUCACUCCAUAGCCUUCAUCGUUUACAGCUUGGAGCUUGCAAAGCCCUUACCAGCCUUACAACCAACACCCAUCUUAAAUCACUUAGUGAACUGGACGUGACAAGAUGCUCAAGACUAAGAGAAUUUUCGCUGACCUCAGAAAAUUCUCUGUCUCCGUUGAUGCUUUGUGGAGCAGCCAUCAAUGGUGAAUUGUGCUCAUCAAGCGGACAUCUCAACAAAAUUGAUAUUUUGAGCCUAAGAAGAUCCGAAGGUGUGACAAGUCUUCACAAAUUGGUUGACACACACACCCUUCGACGUCUUGAUGCUGAGUAUUGUAAUAAGCUAGCAUCAAAUCUACGUUCCCUAUUUGAUGAGAGGCCGCAUGCUUUGAAAAUUCUACGGCUGGAUUAUUGUAGUGCAUUAUAUGAAGUGCCUGACAACAUUGAAUUCUUGUCGUCAUUACGUGAGUUACAUCUCUCAAGCACUAAUAUAGAGACCUUGCCUUUGAGCAUCAAAAGUCUUCCAAGCUUGCAACUUCUUUACUUACAACAAUGCCGAAGGCUUCGGUCUCUACCACAACUCCCUCCCUCUAUUCGUGAACUGUACGCCGAUGUAUGCCUGUCGCUUGAGACUUUACAUUCACCUUUAUUGACUGAAGAUAGAGAAGGAAAACAAUGUUAUGUUGAUCACUUCAGUUUCACAAAUUGCAUGGAGUUGGAUGGGCAGUCAAUCAAAGCUAUUGAGGCCAAAGUGCUACUUGACAUAAAUAAUAACAAAGCCAAUGAUUACUGGCCUACAAUGAAAUAUCCGAGAGAAAGAGUUGCAGAGUGGUUCAUGUAUAAGACUACACGGUCUGUGGUGACUGUGGAUCUUAGUUCAAUUCCACAACCUUGGGAUGGAACUUUCAUUUUCCACGCCGUGUAUUCUGGAUCAUUCCGUUGGGCACAGAUUGAUGUCGAAUUGCGUAUUGAUGAUCAAUAUGCUUGCAGGUCUAGAAGCAGGGGUGGGCUUCUAAGCUCAGAUCAUGUUGUUCUUUGGUACGAUGCAGUGUCCUGUGAAGAGGUGCAAAGGACAAUUAAAGAAAAGAAAAGAAAAGCUCCAUUAUUGCUUAAAUUUCAAUUCGCAGCCUUUCCGCCUCUUCAUGAUGGCACAACAAUUGAGAUCAAAGAGUGUGGGCUCUCCAGUUCAAUUGAUCUGCCCUCUUCAACUUCGUAUAUUACUCUCGCGCCUCUACCUCAAAAUGAUUGGAGGCCUUCUCCCGUAGUGUCUUUUGCCACCAGCGUUGAUGGUUCUUUGGUCGCCGCGGCCUGUGAAGUCGGCUCCUUUGAGAUUUGGCUUGUCUCCCCCGGCUCCGCCGGCAGGCACUGUCAGUUGGUUCCCGGUGCAUUUAGCUUCCUGUAUAAGAGUGACGUUAUUAAUACUGAAGCAGAGGCUGAUCAAAUGAGGAACGGAUCAUCUGAGCCUGAUCAAGGUUAUAAUAGGGAUAAGGAUCGUGAAAGCGAAGAAGAUUCUGAGUCACCCAACAGAUGCCACCUUAUACACAUGGUGUCAGGGCUUUGA